UAGUGCAGGCGGAGCGGAGAGGUCGAGUGGGGGUGUAGGGAGAGAUGAGGGUCUGGAGGUAGCUGGGUGCAGUCUGAUCAAGGCAUCUGUAGGCUAGUACAAGAGUCUUGAACUGGAUGCGAGCGGUGAUCGGGAGCCAGUGGAGCGAGCGGAGUAGUGGAGUAGCGUGGGUGAAGCGAGGUAGAGAGAACACCAGGCGAGCAGCAGAGUUCUGGAUGAAGCAGCAGAGUUCUGGAUGAGUUCUGGAUGAGUUAAAUGGCUGGGCACUUUUAAUAACUUGGUGUUUUUUCACAUUUCCAAUGUGUUUUUGCUUCUUUCUACACACGUGCGGGGACUGUGGAAAAGACGGAGCUCGGAACUCUUGUUGACAGUACGCCACCAAAGGUUUCUAUAGUGUAUCAUUUCUAUAUAAAGAACCCAUUGCCCCAAGAAUUCCCUAUCAGGAUGGAUUCUGGACCCCUGGCGGUGCACCUUGCUGUUCGCCAGUGUAUCAACACCCUGUCCACGUCCCGGGACAUUACUGAGGUCACCGAAGCACUCCGUACAGCUGGACGCUAUUUGUCUGGAACUGAAGAUGACCCGCCUGCCUGUCAGAGGGAAGAGUUUGCCAGGGCGCACUACACCAAACUCCUGCAGUUCCUCAUAAGCAACCUCAAUGCCCAUUGGCUGGAGCUGCUAACCCCAGAGCAGCACAUGGACUUGUGGGUCAGUUUGUUCUUAAACGGGCCUCCAGACCAAGUUCUGCUGGUGCUGCUGGAUUGUGUGAACUCUUGCAGCAUGAGCUCUGGGUUGGAGAGGGGCCUGGAUGUCCUGGAGUAUUUCCUGCAGAGAGGUCGGCUCAGUGCCCUGCUGUGGGCCACGUGUCAGGGGCCUCCCCCCGCCAACUCCCCCCAGCUUCGAGACGCCCUGCUGAGCCGCCUUGUUGCCCUGCCUGACCUCCUCGCCAACCGCCUCCAGGAGCACACCCGCCCCGCAUUCCAGCCACUCCACUACUACCCCCUGCUGGCCAGGGAGCUCUCUGUGGCGCUGGAGAGGACCUGCCAGGCUCUCAGGGAUGGAGUGGACUGCUCCCUAUGCUUCGUGGCUCAGCUCCUAGGGAAGGCCUGUGUUCAGGGACAUGGCAAGGAAAUGUUUGGUGUGCUGGUGCCCUGCCUCUCAGCCCUCACACAAUCAGAUUUUGUGUGGAAGAGGGUCUGCUGGCAAUUGGUGGAGAGCGUCCCAGACCGGUGGAUGGAGGGUGUGGUUUCGGGUUUGGUUCAGACUGUGGACGGGUCAGCCGCUCUUUCCCGCUUGCUGGGAAACGUGGUUCUAAAGAAUAAAAAAGCCCAGUUUGUUAUCACAAACAAACUCCUGCUUCUGCAGUAUAAAUACAAGACCCCCAUGCUGCAGAGCCUGCUGGGAUACCUUGCAGAGGACAGUGGACGACGCCCUCUUCUCAUUCAGGUGUUGAAGGCUCUCUGUGGCACUUGGUCAAGCUGCAGCGCGGUGAAGCACUCCCCCAUUGAGCAGCAGCUUUACAUCAGCAAGGCUCUGCUGAUCUGUCUGGGGCUCCUGAGAGACAGCGAGGUGCUGGAGCACAGGGAGGAGCUCCUGCAGUGCAUGUUGUCAGGGAUGCAGUGCCACCUGGACAGCAGCAUCCCGCGAGUGCACCACCUGGGCAAGGUGGUGGGGGAGAGUCUGAGCGCCAGGCUGGACCCAGGGGGCACCCGGCUCCAAUUCCAGUACGAGUUGGACACUGAGACGAAGGAGCUUCUCUCUCUACUGUCUCCACCCCCUGCCCAUCAGCAGCCCCCUGAAACUCUGCCUCCUGACAGCAGGACAGAGCCUGCUCCUAAGAGCCCCAGCUCAGAGAGGGAGGAGGGCAAAGCUGGCGUGCCAGCGGCUCGGCCAAUCAAACAGCACAGCUCGGAUUCGGAGUUGGAUAGUGAUGAUGAGCUCACUCCCUACGACAUGACGAGAGAUGGGGAGCUGGGGGGAGCCCUCGCCCCACGGUACAUCAGGGACUGUCUGGAGGCCCUGACCAGCUCUGAGGACCCUGGAAAGGUGGAGGUCUCUCUUGGAGCUGCAGAGGGGCUGAUUAAAAAGAACCCUGCUGCCACCAGAGAGGUAAGCGUGGAGCUGGUGAAAGUGCUGCUUCACCUGGAGGACCGGUUCAACACGCAGGGAUUCCUGAGGCUGCGUCAGAGAGCCAUGGUGUCUCUCACGGUCACCGACACCCUCGCGGUUACAGGGUACCUGACUACAGAGUUCUACUCCCUCAACUACAGCCUGCGCCAGCGACUGGACAUCCUGGAGGUUUUGGCUCUGGCAGCACAGGAUCUCUCUCAACCAACCUCUGCAAACUCUGCCCCCUCCAAACAUAAGCCGCCUCCUCUGAUACAGCCUGUUUCCACGGAGACGGCCCCUGACCUCCAAGGCACCGGCCAGCACUGGAGGCGUGUCGUGGACCAGCGAAUCGAGAGCAAGACCAGGCGGUUUGGCAAGGGAGCCCCCAGGACAGGUAGCAGUGCUGCUCCAAGCCGCUUCGCUCCAGUCGCCGGCUGCUUCUUCUUCCCUCUGCUCCGCAACUACGACAGACCACAGGUGACCUUUGACCUGCUGGGAAGUGACCACCUGGUCCUGGGUCGUCUGGUCCACACUCUGGGGGUCCUGAUGUACUUUGCUGUCAACGCCCCGGUGGCCACUCAGAUGGGGAAAGCUCUGCUGGACUUCGUUUGGGCCAUUCGGUACCACACAGACCCGGUGGUUCGGCAAGGGGUCCUUUUCGCUGUCUCUGCUGUGCUGCUGAGCGUGCCCAAUGAGCGAAUGUUUUCGGAGCUGAGUGAUGAAAUGCUGGAGGCUAGGGCGUGGCUAGGAGAUGUGGCAGAGGCUGAUCCUGAUGCAGACUGCCGGGGUCUGGCGGGGCAGAGCCUGCUGCUGCUGGAGAAGAUCCUGAAGAAGAGUAUAGGGAGUCCUUCUCUUGGACCCAACGACAAGGCCCUGCAGCUUUGAGGAGCCAUGCAAGCCAGGGGACGCAGCCAGUCAACUGGCCGCAAGGGAGCGAUUGAGUGAGGAAGAGCAAGAGGCUUGGAAGUGCUUGAAGAGCUGCCAGGUCACACUCGCAGGAUGUCACAUCUGGAACAGCCUGCAUAAGCAGGGGAAGAAGGUGGGCUGCCAUCCUUGGUACAAACUCAAUGGAUGAAAUAUUUAUAGACUUGGCAUACGCAAGGAGUUGCCAAAAAUACUCACAGGGAAGGCGGUUUUUGUUUGUUUUAGAUCCAAUUGUUUUCCUGCCCUUCCAGUUUUGUACUUAGGUUGUUGCAGGUGUGUUUGGGGAAGUUGUAUAAUAAUUUAAGGCUAUGUUCCCCCAUUACCAAAAAUAAAUCUUUUUUUCCCCUUAA